GCGGCGAUUGGCGGCGCCGCCCCGCCCCGCCCCUCCCCUCACAUGACCGAUGUCGAGGGCUCGGUCGCUCUCGCUGUUUCUCGGCGCACCCACAGUCAGCAUGGGGCCGCGGUGCGCCUUCGUCCCGCUCCUCUUGCUGCUGCUCGGCACCUCCGUUUUUUUCCAGUCUGAUGCAGUGGAAGUAGAUGUAAAGGAUGGCGCUAAUGCUACAUGCCUGUAUGCAAACUGGAUGAUGAAAUUCUUGAUAACAUAUGAAACAAACAGUAGUGAUUAUAAAAACACAACCUUGAACCUGUCAUCCAAUGUGACACAUGAUGGAAGCGUCUGUGGCAAUGACACAAAAGCUGCACUUCUGGCAGUACAGUUUGGAGAAGGUCACUCUUGGAGUGUUAACUUCACAAAAACCAAUGAAACUUACCAGGGGGACUUCAUCACAUUUACCUACAACACCAAUGAUACCACUGUAUUUCCUGAUGCUAAAAGAAAAGGACCAGUUACUAUUGUUGUAAAGGAUACUAUGCAGCCAGUUCAACUGAAUAACGUCUUUGUGUGUCAUAAUACUGACUUCCUUGAAGCAGAAAGUGUAACACAGAUUUUCUGGAAUGUGACUGUGCAGGCGUUUGUUCAGAAUGGCACAAUUGGUAAAAAAGAGUCUAGGUGUCAUGCGGAUACACCUACUUCAGCACCUACAGUUCCUCCUACUGUUGCCAAUGUAACUACUGCAUCUACUACCACUGCGUCACCUGCUCCAACUACUGCUCCCAAACCUGUGGAGAAUCCAGAAACAGGAAACUAUUCUCUUAAAAGUGGAAAUAAAACUUGUCUUCUGGCUAAUGUGGGGCUGCAGCUGAACGUUUCCCAAGACAAGCCUCUUCUGAUCAACAUCAACCCAAAGACAACUAGCGCAGAUGGUGCCUGUGGUAACACAACAGCUACUCUGAAAUUGAAUGAUGGAAAUAGCACAUUGAUAGGUUUCACAUUUGUUGUUAAAAAUGUAAGCAAAACUGCACAAAAAUUUUACCUGAAAGAGGUGAAUGUUACACUGCUCAAUCGCCUGAAUGGUUCUGUCAUCUCAAAUGCAGAUAACAGCAAUUUCAGCAAGUGGGAUGCUUUCCUUGGUACUUCUUAUAUGUGCCAAAAAGAGCAAACUCUUGAAAUUAGUGACAAUAUUCAAAUACAUACAUUUAAUCUAUGGAUUCAGCCAUUCCUUGUGGAGGAAAAUAAGUUCUCUACAGCUGAAGAAUGCUUGGCUGAUUCUGACCUGAACUUUCUUAUUCCCAUCGCAGUGGGCAUGGCACUUGGCUUCCUUAUCGUUCUUGUCUUUAUAUCUUAUCUCAUUGGAAGAAGAAAAAGUCGUACUGGCUAUCAGUCUGUAUAACCUCUUAAUUCUGCCUCUGCUGCCACCUUCCUUGCUUCUCUUCUUCUCCCAGACUCCCUGAUCUGCCCCUUUAGGAAGAAGAAAAACAAAUGAAUUCAUAGGGUUUUUAUUAAAAAAACCCAAACCCAUUUCACAACAGAAUAACUUGCUGUGGGCCUGAAGAUGAGCUACAGAAUUACCUGAAGCUACUGUAUGAUUUUUGAGAAAGUAAGUGUGCCAAGGACCAUAGAAUUGAGUAGGGCUGGUGUGUGUCUACGUGAGAAUAUGUGAUUCUUAUGAGUAAAGAAGGCAUCUACCAAACUUAAUUUCUGUUGUUUAAUCUUUUUAUACAAGAAAAUUUCUAGUCGAGUACAGCUCAUCUCAGAUAGUGCUAAAGCUAAAACCAUAAUUCAAGGUGUGAAUGCUGUGUGGAAAGGGACUCUACACGCUUUGGGAAAUGAAUACCAAGCUCUUAACAGACUUCUGGGAACUUGGCACAUGGCUGUUAUCUUUUUUCAUUAGCAGCUUGUUCUUGUGAGUGAGUCUGAAUUUCCUAUCCCUUCUGAACGGUAAGGCAGUCCGUGACCUCACUAAUAAACUAACAGAGUGUAAGAACAUCUGAUGGUUUUAGUAAAUUCAUUUGUUUAGCAUCGGUAUGGAGAAGUUGACAGCUAAUGUAUGUUAAAUAGCUUAGCACCAGCAUGAUGUCUUAUUGUCUUUAUUCACCAAGAUAAGGCUCAGUCCUGGAGAACUUGUGCUACUCAGCAAAGCCAACAGGCUGCUGAAGGGAAUAUGUCCUGUGCUGUUUUGUUUGCGUUUUCCCUUUUGUUCUGAGCUCAGUUGUGAAAUUGAGUGGAAGGCUGGAAUUUCACUGGCUGCAGUUUGUCUUGGCUUUGAUUCUGUGCACAUAAAAGGAACUACACUGCAUUUCAGCACUGGUUCAUGUGAGGCUCAAGAGGAUUUUGAGAGCUCUCAAAGACUGACUAAGAACACAGAUUGUUCAGUGAUUCCUGCAGUUUCUUUGGACAGCUUUCAUAGGUUAAUAGGGGAUCACUGAACAGCUGUGAUCUAGGCAUGCAGGUGAAGGUAAAACCAGUCUGUUUUGAUAGGAUUAAUCUGCUUUUACCCUCCUAAUUAUUGCUCCAUCUCACAACGGUUGAAUACCGUAAGAGCACAGAUUUCUACUAUGAGGAAUGCUGAUUGUAAAGCAGAAACUAAAAUACACAUUUAGUGAAGAAAGUGACUUCCAAAGAAGUAAGAGCAUCAUCUUGUUUGAAGAUUCUUCGUUGUCAUUAGUGCUAUAACUUUUAUUUCUAUGUUCCAUAUCUAAACUGUCCCAAAGUAGAAGCUACUUGUUUGUGGUUGUGUUCUGCUUCAUUCCUAUCAGGUUCACGCUGAUAAGAUGAAAGGAGCUUCUUACUCUUUCUGUGUCUUUAGUCCACCUUGGUAAAAGCCUUUUGCAGCCUGUAAACCCUAGUUUCCAACUGUGGGACAGCUCAAGAGCUGCCAGGUCUGCUGAGAGCUGACGACACAUGAGUUUCGGUCCUCUACAGCAAGUGUUUGCUUAAGCCGCUUUAAUAUUUAAUCUCUUUGUGUAUUAAACCUCUAUCUACGUGGUAGGGAAAGUACCUUCAAUAAUUCACAUGCACAAAGGAGAUGGUCAACACUGAUGUUUAAGUAACUUGCAAUAGCUAUAUAUUUAGGGAAGGGAGAUUUCUAAAGAGUUAGCUUUUGUGCUUGAGAAAUACCUGUACGUUCAAUCAUCCCUGUCCUCACUGUGACCAAAGAUAAGCUUUGCCUGAAUCUGACAAAACUGGUUUUUGUACCACAAAGGGGCUCUUGAACCAAGUUGUCUUUGUUUUUUUUAGGACUGUAGGUUAAUGCUGUGUGUUGGAUUGUGUGCUUUGGGUUUGGUUGCCUUGGUCUCGUGUUGUACCUUUGCUCUCGCAAUACUCUGUUUCCCUGCCAGAGUGGUAAGUGGUGAAUUAUUUUGAGACUGGCAAAGCUGAGUAACACCAGCUUGUCGGGGUGUGCUGCUUCCCUGCUGCCAGCAGAUGGAUUCCAUCGAUGGUUUCAUGCUCAGGUUGCAGAUCCAAGUGUUUUGCAUCACUUUUGCUAGGUUAUUUUAGUCAAAUACAGUAAUUUCCUAGAUGCACACAUUUAUAUAUAUAUAUGUAUUUUAUAGAUACAUACAAAGUAUUAUUUUGGGCUUCACUAGAAGUCAAAAAUUGAGUCAGCACUUUAAGGUUGUUGUAGCAUGAGAAGUGGUGUAUGCAAUUCUCCAAAUCCCGAAAUGACUGUACAAACAUGCUGAAAGCUGACUAUGUGUUUGGAAAAUAAAGUUAACUACAGUGUUUAUAAAGCUUUGUUUAAGUGUAAGUAGGCCUGCAUGUCAUUUCUGAGAGCUUUUCCAAUGGGAUUGUCAAUGUCCCUGGAUCUGGAUGUUCAUGGGGAAAGAGAAACUUUUGUUUUCAAGCUGUUCACACAUUUAUAGCCAAAUUAGUUGAUCUUUCUUUGAUUGGAUCAAAACAUGGGUCCAGUGUCUGAUAAAGAGCCAGCUGCUUCAAGAAUCCUUCCAAUAGGCAGGUAGGGAAUAGAUAUAAAUAGGAUUUUGUCCUGUUGCUAGCUGGAGAGCUGUUAAUUUCAUGGCCUGAAGUACGAAGGAUCCUACAGAAAUAUGAAUGAUUUAAAAGAACUAAAGCAUUUGGCACUAAGGGAAAUGUUUGCGGGUUUAACUUAUUCCUGAUGCCAAAGGAAGAGCUGCUACCAAGGCAGCACCUUCCUUGGCAGAAGCCAAUUUGUGUUGGUCAGAACAUGCCCUUUCAGAUAAGUUGUGCAGGCAGAAUGAUGGUGUUGCCCUAGCUCUAGCAGUGUCAUGUGGAUAACCACAUCUGAGCAAAAUUAGUGCCUAAACUACCUCUGGCUUAGGUUUUUAACAGUUCUUACUAGUUUUUGCCCAACGGUUGUUUGUGAUACUUAGCAUAUAGUAAGUCUUAUCGUACUGGGCUCCUGAACUCUCCCCUAGAAAGUUAAUUAAGUGCCCAAACUUCAAGGAUCACAUUAUAUACUGCCUUAAAAUUCAGUCCCUAACUGGCCAGUACAGGAUGUUAAAGUCACAAACUGCAUCUCUUACACCAGUGUUUUAAGAAUGGUACUAUGGAGUUAAUUUUAAUGGAGUCGCUUUAUUUUUAAUACAAAAAUGACUUCUUAAGGGACUUAUGUAGAUCAGGAGACGAUGGCAGGUUGGGUACCUGGACUAGGAUGUAGGACAAGCAUACCAUAAUGCUCUUGUUCAGUCAGUAAUUUUAGUAAGUGUGCUCUGCAACUAGUACAUUAUCCCAAGGUGUCCUGGCCUGCCGCGUUCUCAUCGCUCCUAGCACAUGGAGUGUAGUUCAUCUGUUGGGUGCGAAGGGUACACAGGCCAGGGAGGGUGAGGCUGCUCAGGUCAGCAGCGCUCCACUCUGACAGGGGCCCAUGUGCUCCAUAGGUCUUUGAGGGUGAUCAGCUGAUGACUUUGCUUACCGGCAUUGACCUCGUAAACAUUAAACACCAGUAUUUCCCUGUGGUCUUCUGCAGCAUUGUAGCUGCAAACUCUCUGGAACACGGGAGAACAAGCCUGAAAUAUUUGGGGAGCAGGGGUCUAACGUGUUUCAGUGGCACUUCUUUGCCAGUGGAAGGAGGUGCCAUCAACCUGUGAACCAUGACAGAGAGAAGGGCUCCUUUCGCUCAUCCCUGCCUAUAAACUUAAUGAGGAUUCUUGGGGCAGAGAGAAGCACUGGGUGAGGAGGAGGAGGAGGAGGAGGAGGAAAUGCUUUAAUCUUCCCAGUUCAGAAAGGAACAGUUAGAAAGGUUCAAGGGCAAAUGAUUUUCUACAUGACCUUUGCUCCAACACCUUGGGUGUGCUGAACAAGCUGUGUGAAAUGCCGCAGUCAAAUGCUCCUAGUGCUCAACAUCCUAGGAGGCAUUUUGAAAUCUGCUGUUUUCCCCUUUUAACCGUGUCUUUGCAGGCAUAAUCCAGAAUUUUUGCUCUUUAUUAUUUUAACAAGGAUAGUGCUAUAAUAAACUCUUCUCUUGGUAGCUGUUGCCUGAGAAAUACACAUAAAAGUAUGGUACAGUUUAAAAUGUAGAGCCAGGAAAAAUGCAUUCCACAGGAGUCACCCAUAAAAGACCUUAUGAAAAUAAGUGUUCAGAUACCAGAGGGGGGUUUUUUAAUCAAAACCAAAAUGCUUUUGCAGGUUGUCUGUCCAGAUGACUUUUAAUUUUUACCAGUAAUGAUUUACAUCAGAUGGUGAAAAAUGUGCUUCCACAUCCAUUGCAUCUCAUUUGUUUUGUAACUAUGAACAAAAAUAAAUUAACAAAAAUCUC